AUGUCGUCGCAGCCAGUCCCCCGCAAGCCCAAGGCUGCCUGUCGCUUUGCCGCCCGCGGACACUGCGCCAAAGGCAGCGCCUGCGCUUUCGCGCAUCCAGGCCCCUCCAGCCUUGCGUCCCCUCCGACGCCCACGUCGGGCUCGCCCGAGGCCAAGGCGCCGUGUCGCUAUUUUGCAGCCGGGCACUGCGCCCGGGGAGAUGCAUGCCACUUUGCACACCAGCUAGCGCCAUCGCCAGCGCCCGGCAGUGUCGUUGUGUCUGUCCAGUCCACUGACCAACACCGCGACACCUGGAUCCGUGAGCUUGGAGGUGGCUUUGCCGAGUUUGAAGACGGCGCAGUGGUCGCCAAAGUGUCCCUCCCCUCAGACAUCGCUGGCGUCCGCCUAGACAGACUUCCUCCACACAGCACUCCACAGACCGUUACCGCGCUGCUCACCGACAUGGACGUGGCGGGGGAUGUCCGUGUCACGGCAACAGACAGCCGCGCUGACGUGCAUGUCGACGACCCCGUGCUGGCCAAAGCCAUGUACAGCAGACUAAAACUCCGCACAGGCUCGUCGCAGAUCGCCUUCACCCCUAUCCCGAGCCCCAUGCCGCGCGGGUCCGGCCUGCAUCGCGUCGACUGCCGACGCGUCCACUGCUCAUGGCACCGGCCCAUUCGCACGGCCUGGCUGAACUUUGGCUCCGAGAAGGUGGCGCAGAAGGCUCAGCAAAAGUUCGACGUAGGCAUCUACAGGGUGGCCGGCACCAAGGUCAAGGCGAAAGCGCCCACGGUGUCCAAGGACCCGUCGAACCGGCGGGUCUGGACAGUGAUGCUGGAGAUGCCCGGCACGGCGGACAAGCUGGACAUUAUGACGUCGAUCCCGGAUUUCGCCAGGCCGCGCCACAUUGAGCUGGGACUGCCCAGCUACACCGCCGACGCCGACACGGCUGCCACGAUUGUCAAGUCAAUGCUGCUCCAGGCUGGCCCGCUGGAAUGGUGGGAGCUGGGCAGUUCGGGCGGCAAGCGCGUCAAGGCCCAGGCCCGCUUCGUCGAGGAGUCGCACGCGCGAGAGGCCGCCUUGACGCUGAACAACAAGCUUCUGUCGUUCAGCAGGACUGCGAGGCUCACGAUUCAGCUCAUGACGUCGUCCAAGGUCAAAGUGCUGGCCCGCGUCUACGACGCCGUGGGUGAGCAGCUCGAGUCGCAGAGGGCCGUCUGGGAGCGCCAAUUCGUCCGCUUCCUCGCGUAUCCACCCCAGCACGGCUACCGCGUCCUGAAGCUCGAGGCUGAGGAUCCCGUCCUGGUUGCGCGGGCAAAGGACUCGCUCGACCGUGUGAUCGCCGGCGUCGUAGCUAGCAGCGACGGCAGCGAAAUCUGGAGCGCCAGCUUCCAGCGCAACGGAGACGCCGGAUGCAAGGGCCUCAAGCGCAUCGAGGAGGAGCACGGCAUCGCAAUUGUGCGCGACCGCCGGAAGUCGCAGCUCCGGCUAUUUGGGUCCGAGGAGCGCUGUAGUAGGGCGGUAGUGGCGCUUGAACAGCUUGUAAAGGAUGAAUCCGGCGGCGACAACCAGCACGUCGUUGAGCUCGACGCCGACCAGUUUGAGUGGGCUUGUCGCGGCGGAUUCAGGACAAUCGGCGCCAGGCUCGGCGACGACAUGGUGACAUUCGACAUUGUGUCGACGCCAAAGAGAAUCCUCGUCGCCGGAUCUGAGCAGGACCAUGCCUUCGCCGUAGCUCUCAUCGCCCGCCGGGAGGCUUCUUCUGUUAUGUCGGCCUCGGACACAACCAAGACAAACUGCUCCGUCUGCUGGAACGACGCAGAGCAGCCGGUGCGCACGUCCUGCGGCCACGUCUACUGCGUCGACUGCUUCGUCGCGCUCUGCCACGCGCAGUCGUCGCCGACAGACUUUUGCAUCACCUGCGUCGGGAACUCGGCGCAGUGCAAGCAGGUCCUCGCCCUCGCGGAGCUGCAGGAGCUGCUCCCCUCCGCAACAUUUGAAGACCUGCUGGAAGCGUCGUUCGCGUUCUUCAUCAGCCGCCACCCGGCGCGCUUUCGCUACUGCCCUACGCCCGACUGCGGGCAGAUCUACCGCGCGUCGCCAUCGUCGCCCGAUGCCGCUGCGACGCAGAACACCUUCACGUGCGCCAAGUGCCUCGUCUGCGUCUGCACGGCCUGCCACGGCCUGCACCCCGGCAUGACAUGUGCCGAGCAUCGAGACGACACAUCGGGAGCGCGCGCUGCCGUCGCCAGGGUCAAGCAGGCGCUGGGCAUCAAGGACUGCCCGCGCUGCCGCACCGCCAUGGAGAAGAUUGACGGCUGCAACCACGUCACGUGCGGCGGCUGCGCGACGCAUAUCUGCUGGGUGUGUCUGGCGACGUUUGACAUGGGCGACGAGUGCUAUGGUCAUAUGAACAAGGAGCACGGGGGGGUGUUUGAUGUUUGA